UACAUACUAACAAUACAGCUUUUCUUUUGUAAUUAUUAUUAUUGUUUAAAAACUCGAACACAAGGGUUUUAUGCACCUGUUUUAUCUAUAUAUAUAUAUACACCAAUGAGUUGUUUCUUGGUGUGUGUUCAUGCAUUGCCUGGUCAGAAGGAUUUAAAGGGAACUGCUGCCUGUUGAAGAACAGCUCUUCUGAACUCUUUAACCCAAGGAUCAUGACACAAUGCCUGGAAGUCUGGAUGUAGCUCUGAGUUAAGGGCAUCGAGUUCAGAAAGAAUCGAGCAGCAUCCCGAGCAGCAGCACAGUGGCUCCCCCUUCAGGACGUUCUCUAGAGGUGGCGCAUGGCCACGAGCCCGACACACUGCAGCACGCAUGAGCACGGCUGGACGGUGAAGGCAGAAUCAAUCAGCAAGACACAUGACAUGGAGGUCAAAGGUCACCUAAUUACUGGGCAUGAGCUGCAGGGCUCCACGGACACUAAGCAGCGCGCCGAAAGAAUGGUCGACCUGCAGGAGAGACGGAGGAGCCUUCAGGCUUUACUGAGUGCCCGUCUGGCUGAACUCAGGCGUGUGUGUCUCCAGGAGGCGGAACUGACUGGAGCGCUGCCGAACGAGUUUCCUUUAGAAGCAGGUGAAAACCCCCCUCACGUGCGCAGGAGAGUCGGUUCGGCCCGCGCCGGCUCCAAGAACAACCUGAAAAGCGAGGAGGAGGAUGCGUGUCAGCGCAAAUCGAAAAAGACUCUGUUCAGCGGCGCCCUCCGGAGGCACAUAGAAGCGGAGCAACAGCUGGCUCAUGGGAAGAGGACGACGGUUCAUAGAGGAUGUCACACAGAGAACACGGUGAGGUCCGAGAGCAGCUCCACGUCCGACUCCACCAGCCAGGACACAGAGGAGGUCUCCGAUGGUCCAUCUCCGUCUCAGCCCCGGCUGGUCCCGGGGAGCCCAGACAGCAGGUUCUGUCGGAAACUCUCCCCCGUGGAGAUCUACUACGAGAUGAAAGCCAGACGCAACUCUGUGUCCAGCUCAGCUAGUCCGAGUCGCUCUCUCCCGCGCAGCAUGUCCAAUCUGGAGGGCAGGAGCGUCCCGGCGACGCCCCAGUUGACCCGGAACGGCCCGAUCGCCGUGCAUGUCAGGUCUGAAUCCUCCAGUAGCACUUCAGCAUUAAAGCAGCGAUCAGAUAAUCCCGAAGUAACCCAAGCGGUGCCUGGUGCAUCUCAGGAUGUUUUAUCUCCUGGGCACUUGGUGUGCGCUUACGGCGCCCAAACACGACGCAGCAACAGCUCUGAUGCCUUGCUGGACCGCUGUGUGGACGAAUGUCAGCUAUCAGGUCCUAUGGUCCGAAACGGGUCGCAUAAGAGCUCCGAGGCGCUGCUGGACGGCCGUUUGAAACAGGUGAACGGACACACGGAGGUCACCCGCGUCCGCUCCGUAUCAGGUGGUCGUGGGACGAGCGGCUCGAGCGGGGGCUACAGUGACGUCCUGCUGGACUACGUGUUGGGAAAGCAGCAGAAGAUGCAGCAAAUGGCGCAACAGCAGCAGCAGCAGCAGCAGAGACUGCAGGCUCAAAACGGUAUAAAACCAAGAGCCUGGCACGAAGUGCCCUCUAUACCGCCUCCACCUUAUGUGAAUGGCUUUUCCUCAAAUCAAGGCCUGAUUCUGGGCUCAGGACCGCCAGCCUACAGCCCGCUGAUGCUGCGGGGUAAACCGGGAGAGCCUCGGCGGGUGAAAGUAAGCCGAACCAAAUCCUGCGGGCCGUUCAUCCCCGUCCAGCAAGGUUACACGGAAAUCCCUGUUGCUAACGGACACAACGGAAUGGGACAGUUUCAGGCCAGGCAGAGACUCCCUAACUACAGCGCAGAUCUGUCUGCUGGCUCCACCCCCCAGGAUGAACCUACACGCAACCUGCACAAGGCCCUGGCGCUCGAGGGUCUGAGGGACUGGUACCUGCGUAACGCACUGGGGCAGCCGGGCGCAGCGUGCCCCGGGAAAGGCCAGGAGGUGGCGCCGUCUCAGCGCAGACGAACCACGGCAUCGCUGCAUACUUCACAUCCGCAUCCACCACUUAAGCAACAGACGCAGUCGUUUCAGGGAGACACGGCGUACACACACCUGCCCCAGUCCGCCACGUUCCACGGACAUCCGUUACGGUCUGCGGAUUUGUCUCAAUACCAAGACACCUUCUCUUCCAAAAUGGAGGACUUGACUUUAAAGGAGAUGAAUAAUGACAGGCCUAGUCCAGGCACACUAGUCUAACACACCAACACAAACACACACAUACAUAAGUGUAUAAACACUGGGCGCAUAAAGUGGCACAACAAGAUGAGGCUUGUUUAAUAGACGUUACAGAGUCCUAACCAGAACACGCUAAACACACAAUCCUAAUCCUGUUCUUUUGCUCUUGAAAAGAACCGAGAUGGACAACAACAACAACAACAACAACAAAAACACUUAAGUCUCUUUUUUUUCCCCAGUUAUUUAAAAGUGAUUGUAUUUUAAGUACAAUCAUGGAGAAGACAGAACACCGGCAACUUUACCAAGGUAGCACGUCAUUUUAAAACCAUCAUCCGUAUGUGUUCGAGGACUUUGUGCCGUCUGUGUUCGCAUCGUUUUGAUUCGCUUUGCUUAAAUAUUUUUUCCGAUUUAUAGUUAUCAUAAAUCACUGCUGAAGUCAGUAUUAAAUUUCAGGUCUUUCUCUAUAGAUCAGCUUCAGCUUUUUAUUAAAAGGGUCAGGAUUUUUUUAAAUCUAUCUUCUCACAUUUACACACACAAAAAAAAUCCUAUGCAAAUUAGAAUUCACUAGGAAAAAAAGUAGAUGAAUAGUCUUUAAUAUAUGAUUUUUUUUUUUCAUUCAACAUUCAACCAAAUCUUAAAAAAAAAAAA